CGACGGCCCCGGCCGGGGAGGGCGGGCGGCGUGCGCGCCCGGAGCCGCCGGAGAUGGCGGGAGGGCACUGCGGCGGCUUCGCCGCGGCGGCGGCCGGCAGCGGCGAGAUCGUGCAGCUGAACGUGGGGGGGACCAGAUUUAGUACCUCAAGACAAACUCUUAUGUGGAUUCCAGAUUCUUUUUUUUCCAGUUUGCUGAGUGGAAGAAUUUCAACACUUCGAGAUGAAACUGGUGCUGUGAGUAUAAUAUUUAUUGAUCGAGAUCCAGCAGCAUUUGCACCCAUUUUAAAUUUUCUUCGGACAAAAGAACUAGACUUACGGGGAGUGAGUAUUAAUGUUCUCAGGCAUGAAGCAGAAUUUUAUGGAAUCACUCCAUUAGUAAGAAGGCUUCUCUUAUGUGAAGAAUUGGAGCGCUCAUCUUGUGGCAGUGUCCUUUUUCAUGGUUACUUGCCUCCACCAGGUAUUCCUAGUCGUAAAAUAAACAACACAACUAGGUCCUCCGCUGGUUCUAGGAAUGGACUGAAUUCCACAGAAGGUGAAGCUCGGGGAAAUGGAGCCCAGCCUGCUCUCUCUGGAACUGGAGAAGAGACUGUUCGGCUAGGAUUUCCUGUGGAUCCACGAAAGGUGCUAAUAGUCGCUGGCCAUCACAACUGGAUUGUAGCUGCCUAUGCCCAUUUUGCUGUGUGUUAUAGAAUCAAAGAAUCUUCAGGAUGGCAACAGGUGUUUACAAGCCCAUAUUUGGAUUGGACUAUUGAGCGAGUAGCUUUAAAUGCAAAAGUGGUUGGAGGUCCACAUGGAGACAAAGACAAAAUGGUCGCUGUUGCUUCAGAGAGUAGCAUCAUCUUGUGGAGUGUCCAAGACGGAGGGAGCGGAAGUGAAAUUGGAGUGUUCAGCCUUGGUGUGCCCGUCGAUGCUCUCUUCUUUAUCGGGAACCAGCUGGUCGCUACGAGUCACACGGGGAAGGUGGGAGUGUGGAACGCCGUCACCCAGCACUGGCAGGUUCAAGAUGUUGUUCCUAUCACGAGUUAUGACACUGCUGGCUCCUUCCUUCUACUGGGAUGUAACAAUGGAUCAAUAUAUUACAUAGAUAUGCAGAAGUUUCCUUUGCGAAUGAAGGACAAUGAUCUUCUUGUAACUGAGCUUUAUCACGAUCCUUCAAAUGAUGCCAUUACUGCGCUGAGUGUUUACCUCACACCCAAAACAAGUGUCUCUGGGAACUGGAUUGAGAUCGCCUACGGUACGAGUUCUGGUGCCGUGCGGGUGAUCGUGCAGCACCCGGAGACGGUGGGCUCGGGUCCGCAGCUCUUUCAGACUUUCACAGUUCACCGAAGUCCUGUCACAAAAAUCAUGCUGUCCGAGAAGCAUCUGGUGUCAGUGUGUGCAGAUAAUAAUCAUGUCCGGACGUGGACAGUAACACGAUUCAGAGGAAUGAUCUCUACUCAGCCAGGUUCUACUCCGUUAGCGUCGUUCAAGAUACUGUCCCUGGAGGAAACAGAAAGUCAUGGAAGCUAUUCCUCUGGAAACGACAUAGGGCCUUUUGGAGAGCGAGAUGAUCAACAGGUGUUUAUUCAGAAGGUUGUUCCCAUCACCAACAAACUGUUUGUAAGACUCUCAUCGACUGGGAAAAGGAUCUGUGAGAUCCAGGCUGUUGACUGCACAACAAUAUCGUCAUUCACGGUGAGAGAAUGUGAGGGGUCGAGCAGGAUGGGCUCCCGGCCCCGGCGCUACUUGUUCACGGGCCACACGAACGGCAGCAUUCAGAUGUGGGACCUGACCACUGCCAUGGAUAUGGUGAACAAAAGCGAGGAGAAGGACGUAGGUGGUCCCACUGAGGAGGAGCUGCUCAAAUUACUGGAUCAGUGCGAUCUGAGCACGUCUCGCUGCGCAACACCUAACAUCAGUCCGGCAACUUCCGUGCUUCAGCACAGCCGUCUCCGUGAAUCCAGUUCGAGCCUUCAGCUCCAGCACCAUGAAACCAUCCAUGAGGCAGCUACUUACGGUUCCAUGAGGCCUUACAGAGAGAGUCCUUUGUUAGCAAGAGCGAGGAGGACUGAGAGCUUCCACAGUUACAGGGACUGCCAGACUAUUAAUCUGAACAGAAACGUAGAAAGAGCUGUCCCUGAAAAUGGUAACUUGGGCCCAAUACAAGCUGAAGUAAAGCGGGCAACGGGGGAAUGUAAUGUAUCCGAGAGGAAGUCUCCUGGAACAGAAAUAAAAAGUUUGAGAGAAUCAGACGGUGGAUCGGAAGUGCAUAAAAUAGCGGACAGUCUAGAAUCCAAGAAAAGGUCCUCAGAAGAAGAAAAUGAAAACAGAGUGGAGUUCCGGAAGAAAGGGGGUUUUGAAGGAGGAGGAUUCCUUGGAAGAAGGAAGGUCCCCUACCUGGCAUCGUCCCCGAGUACUUCUGACGGAGGAACAGACUCACCCGGUACUGCUUCCCCGUCUCCCACGAAGACCACUCCAUCUCCUCGGCAUAAAAAAAGCGAUUCUUCAGGUCAAGAAUACAGCUUGUGAAAACUCACCAAAAUAAAUAGUUGUUUUGUUAAUUUAGAUGAAAGUUCAAAACUUUACUGGAUUUCAAUACAUUAGCUUUUACACCAAUACUUUACACAUUAAAACUGGAGUUCAUGCAGGAUCUUUUUAACAGAAUUACCUGGAGUAAGGAGAUAAAAUAAUUCUAUCUCUUUGGACCUUUUGGAAAGUUUUUUUAGUUUUACAAGUACAUUUAACAGAUCAUUUGUAAAGCAAGAGUCCGUUUCAAUGUUUAGCUACUCUCUGGAUUUUGGAAGCGACGUACCAAGUCUUAAUAAGAUGGUGCCCACUAUAGAUGAGCAUCCCUAAGGGCACGGGGACCAACAGAUUGCGUUCCUAAUCUUGAUUAUGCUUGAGAUUUGUCUUUCAUUGUUACGUGAAGUGAAUCACAUUAAAUCUCUUCGGAUAGUCUCCCAACACUUAUUGUGAUUGCCAUGUGUUUACCAGAUAUUUAAUGAGGUGCUAUGUUUGUGAAAAAAUAUCAUCUAAUUCAGAAACACUAUUGAUGUUGAACACCAAGUUACACUGUGUGGUAGGCAGUCCCUUCAGGUAUUCUUAAAUCGUGGGUCAUUUUCUGAUUCUCAUUUUUGGAGUUCUUAAAUCUUAGCAAGCAUCACCAAUAUUAAAUACCCAAAGUCCAUUUAAACUUUCUUUAAAGUUGGAGCAAUUAUCUGUGUUUGAACAGAUGAAAGAUAAAAAUAAUAAUCAAGGUUAGAGCUGUCAGUGCCCAGAAGGGAAACUGUGCUAGUUGUCGGUCUGCCUUGUUUGAUUUAGGGGCCGUGUGUUUCCCGCCCAACUAUUAAUAAUGAAAAUAAUUAAGUCAGAAUGUGGCCAUUUUAUUAAGCUUCUGAGACUGCAGUUCUCAACUUUUGGUUAAGGGUUUUGGCUGCUAUACAAAUGUUAUUUUAAAAUAUAUUUUGAAUUAUGAGAACAAAAAUUUUUUUAUCUUUUUUUCAUUUAAUUGGAAUAAUUGUCAAGUUUCUGCACAUAGGGCAAUUGUAAAUUUAAAGCAUUAAGCAUUUACUGGUGAAUAAUGUAUAUAUUCCCCUUCCAAGAAAUAUAAGUGAGUGAAAUUGAAAUAAAUUCUUUAAAGUUUACUAUAUUGCUAGUGGUUUCACAACACCUCUCUUGUAUUUAUUUAUCAGUGAAGUCUAAUAAAAAUGAUUAAGACUAUGUAUUCUUGGUUAUUUAAGGAGUAGUUCUGCUGUUUCAGGUACACCUUCAAAGUACACCUCGUUGGUUCGAGUCUCCUUCCCGUGGUCAGAAGUGGGGAGGGCAGAGGGAGACGGGAACACACACGAAGGCUGACUUACAUUCUCACUGAGAGGAAGGGUCUGGCAAAACAUCAUUGCCAUAUCGCUAAGGAUUUGUCAAUCUCUCUGGAGCCUUCUUUCUCCUUAUCACAGUCAUGUAAAAGGUGGGUGGGCAAGUAAGAAAAUGAACGAAAAAAUUGUAUUUAACCAGCCUUUUCCAAGAGUAAAAGGCCAUGGGGGAGGCAGGGGUGGAGGAGACUCUUAUAUAGUAAAAUCCCAUAAAAAGGCAACUCAACUCUACCACAGGUUGCAGUCUACUACGAGUCAGAUUUUUUUUAUUUCUCUCACUCCCAAGAGUUUGAACCUUGAUGCUCAGACAGGGGUUGGAGUCUAGCUGCCAUUUUGGCACCUGGAGCAGAUGAUCCCUGCCAGGCCUAAGCGUUUUCCUUCUACCUACCUCAUUAGGUAUUUUUGUGACCGAAAAAAACAAACAAAAAACUUGAGCUGAAUCUGUAUACUUUGCUGAAAAAUAAGAACAGAAUUAGAAUUUUCACAAUGAAGAGAGUGUCAACUAAUUCUGUACUUGAGAGUUCUCAGAAGUACUGUCAUACCUGUUGCAGAGGCAUUGCCACCUGCAUUUCAUAGGUGCGAUCACUGAGGAGAAAUAACUUAGCCAGCCACAAGGCUUGUCAGCUACUGAGCCAACUUUUGAACUCAUGUCUGCCUGUUUCGGGAGCCUGUGGUCUUGUUACCGGCUUUCUCAUCAAGGCUGAGAACAUGACAUUGACCUCAGGGUAUGCACAGGCAACUGCGGGGGGCCUCCCUCCAGACCUGCCAAGUUCGAAUCUGGUGGGUGGGACCCACGCUUUUGAAAAAAAAGCACCACCGUUGAUCCGUUGAUCCUAAUGGACAUCGAUGGUUGAGAGAUGAUCCAGAACAUCCUGUUUUCUUAAAUGGGCUUACCUUUAUCAUCAUUAUUUAUGUGUAAAUUAUAAAUAUAACUCAGAGCUGUUAGUGUGUU